AUGAUGUAUGACGAAGAAGGUAAAAGGUUGCACCAACAAAUCAAUGAUGAAUUAAAGAGAGUCACCUGUUCGCCUACAUUCAGAAAACAGGUAUAUAUAUUGGUCAGUAGAUGCAAUUACUUCAUAUAGAGUACUUCAUCCAUUACUGAAUCAAAGGCCAAACCAAUAGUGAGACCUUUACAAAGUAGGAAACAAUGAAUGUAACAGUGACCAUACAACCGGAGGCAAAGGCUAAUCAUACAGUAACAGUUGUAUUGACUGCAUUAGCUGGACUUACAGUUUUAGUGGACAUCAGUUAUAUAAUAGUCUGUUUUAAGGCUCUGAAAAAAACAUUCCACAAUCUUAUGAUUUUAGCUAUUUUAUUUAGCGACAGUAUUCUUGGGAUAUCAUCAGCACUCUUUUCGUUGAGUUCUGUAAUACAACACAAAUUCAUUGGAUCCUGCCUAGUACAGAUCUUUCUUUUUUCAUUUGGUAUUCAAUUAAACUAUUGUUUGGUAUUCUUGCUGUGUUUACAGAGGUUCUUUGUGGUGAAGUCAUUUAACUUUGGAACGAAUGCCAGAUUUGAUAGGAACAAAUUUAUACAUAUCGGGGUAGCUAUCUUACUCUCGUUCAUAUUUGCAUUACUUGGAUUGAUACUGACUCCAAAAGCUGAAUAUAUGCAGGUGUGCACAUCUCGUUUCGUAUUUGGAGAUAGUUAUUAUAUAUAUGUACUUAUUAUCUAUAUGCCCAUUACUGUGAUUAUUAUUGUUUUAUCGAUAAUGUCAACAAUCACAGGCUUUCGUUUAUGGAAAAUAUAUUUCAAAAGAACAAUUGCACCGAUUCAAGGAAUUAGAGAGGAUGUUAUCUUUUCUGAUCGUAUGCAGUCGUCUUGUUCGAAAACAAAUCAAUGUUCUAACAUAUCACAUAGUAAUGCUUUUGGCAACAAAAUACAAGAUGAAGAUAAGGAUACUGAAAUAUUGGAUAUAGAAAUUAAAAUUGUAACUUCAAACACCGAAGUCAAUGGAGAAGGAUCAGAGGUUCGAAAACCAUGCAAGAUGAAUUCCAGUCAGAGUUGCAAUGUCUUGAGUUGCCCAUACUGUCAUAAUAGCACGAUGAUGAACAUUAAGAAACACUCUUACAGCUCAACUGAUGAUAAUAAAAUAUCAGCAAAUCAGGAUAAUAAAAACAUGUUUCAAGUACGGAAAACAGUGCAAAGAAAAUCAGAACGUUCAAGCUCAAAGAAAAAUAAGUUCCCACAUAUGGAGAAUAGCAAGGAAAUUGUUGAUUUGAAACACUAUAGAAAUAUAAACCCAUUUACUACAUCCACUGACGAAGGUCGUUCAUUUGAUGCAAGUAGACGGCUGAAAAAGUCAUGGGAGAUCCGAGCAUUUUUAACUACUAUCAUAGUUGCUUUUCAAACUAUAAUAUUAACAGGACCUUUUGUAGCGUCGUUUUGGAUAGAGGCGUUCUCAAAUGCACCGUUAACAUUACAGUUUCGACUUUUGCUCUUUAUUCCAUUCUUGAUCAAUUGCAUAUCCAACCCUUUUAUAUAUGCAUGGAGAAUCCCCGAAAUUCGACACGAGUUUAAGAAGCUCUUUAGAAUAAAUAAUUGAUUACACUGAAAGU